AUGCCGCCCAACAAUAGAAAGAAGAAGAAGGCUGCCUCUAAUCCGGCUCGAGGAUUCGCAACUGUCUCAGUACCCUCUAAGCCAAAGUCCACCGAACCAUCGUUACCUGCCUCGACCGCGGACUCCAAAAACGUAUCAGAAAGCGACCGUCCGACUCCCGCCGAAGACCAGCAACCGGUCAUCAACAGCAAUAAGGACAAGGCUUCUUCACUACAGAACUACACCCCCGAAGAGCUCGAGAAACACUUGGAGGAAGCUGAGCUACAGCUUCUCGUGGAAAAAUAUGCUUCAAAAUGCAGGAACGAUGCAGCUCGACAGGUCACCAAGCUGGAUACCGAGCGGAGAGUGCUACGGCAACAAUCCGUGUCGAUUAAUCUCUUGGAAUGGCUCCCCUCCGACGUUCUGAAUAGUAUAUUGAGUCUGGCUGAGACUGAGGAACGCGAGCUCAGCCCCGUGUCGAGCCGGGACUCCAACUCGAAGAAGCCUAUUUCGGAAGAAGAGUUGUAUAUGAGACUGUGGACGCUCAAGGAGACCCUGGCUAAACUCGGCUUUCCCGUUGAGAAAGUAGAUGAAGCCCUAAAGCAUCUUCUACUGUAUUUCCCCGGUAAUUUCGCGUCAACCAACAAAGAGGUGGUCUGCAACCUGGACGAGGCCCUAGAUUGGCUGGCCUUGCAUUGCGAGCCCAAGGAACUGCCCUCUUAUACGCAGACUAAUACCCAACCUCGAAGCGAGAUGGAUAAAAAAAUUUCUUGGAUCACUGAUCGUGAGCCAUCACAAGCUUCUUCCCCAGCACAGACCCCCAAUGAUAGUCAAGUGCAAAAGCCUAAGAGCGUUGUAAAGGAACCGAACCCUCCGCAGUCGUAUUCCUAUGAUUCUGACAGCUCCCUCGAUCCUGACACCCUGACCCCGAAGUAUUUGGAGCUGCAAACCCGACUGUACGAGCUGCGGCCGGAACUCUUUGACCAACCUAAAAAAGGCAAGAAGGGGAGCCGUAAGCCUACCGAGGCUGCUAGCCAAGAUCCGCAGGCGGCGAAACUACAACGCAAGAUUGCUAGUAUUGAAAACGACGUACUCUUUGACCGGCAUGAGGCCGAGUACAAAUGGAGAGAGAAGCUCGACGACCUGAAAAAGGAAGCAGCUUUCGUUCGCCGUACACAACCAGAAGAGAAACCCCCGACCGAGGACCAUCCCGAUAAAGAGCCAUCGGAGGAAAAGAUGACGGGAUCAAAUGAUGACGCAGCACCAUUAGACAAUGCUGGAGAGGACGCAGACCUGUUAGGGGACAUGUUCGGAUCUGAAGAGCCUACGCUGGAACUGGGCGUGAUUACCGAAGAAUUGAACAAGGCUUCUAUCAAAGUACGUGACUUUGGGAAAUGGUCUGGACUUAGUCCUCGACGAGUAUUGGAGGAAACCUGCAAGGCAAGGGACUCCGGAUGCAAAGUAACGUACAAAGACUGUUCAUCCUCAUCGCAUUCGAACCGGAAUGCGGUUGAGGUAAGGUGGUCAAAGCCUCAAGAGAUCCCAUUUCCAUUCCAAUGGGAACUCACUACGCACAACUCGAAUUCAUAUGCUACGUUUGUCUCGAUGGACAAUGUGGCAACACCCACAUCUCAGCAAGCUGAAGCAUUUGUCUCGACCCUGGCUCUUUUCGUUCUGUUUCCUCAGACUUCUAAAGAAGGCAAAGCCUAUUUGCGCCUUCCAGCUGUUUGGAGAGAUCUUUGGACAGAAUUUGCCAAUGCUAAGAAAUCGCAAGAAGAUGAAGCCGAUAAGAGAAUAGUGAAGGGUCUGAAAAUGUUACUUGAGGAAAAUCACGGCACAUUUGAAGAUGACGUUGUCCUGUCAGACAAUUUUCGGCGCAGAAACGGAACUUCCAGCAAGCCAGAGUCUCCAGUCCGCGGAGUUAACGCCAAGGAUGGCUCAGAGCCAGAUGCAGAGCUGAUGAGGAUUUGGACUGAGAAAUCUACUACCCCAUCAUUCCAGUACAUGCUCCAAGGAAGGAUGAACCUACCCAUCUGGAACUUUCGAGAUGAGAUUCUGGACACUCUAGAGACACAUCGUGCACUUAUCAUUUGCAGUGAGACGGGAAGUGGUAAGAGUACACAGAUUCCAUCGUUUAUUCUGGAACAUGAGAUGCAGCAAGGCCGUCCUUGCAAGAUUUACGUCACAGAACCGCGAAGGAUCUCCGCAAUAUCACUUGCUCGACGUGUCAGUGAAGAGCUUGGCGAGAAUAAGAACGACGUUGGGACAGCUCGCUCCCUAAUUGGCUUUGCUGUCAGGCUGGAAAGCAAAGUUAGCCAUUCCACCAGGCUUGUGUUUGCAACCACGGGAGUCGUGGUGCGUAUGCUGGAACGACCGGACGAUUUUCGAGAUAUUACACAUGUCGUUCUUGACGAGGUUCAUGAGCGUUCUAUCGACAGUGACUUCCUUCUCAUUGUUCUCCGGCGGUUGAUGCAGAGAAGACCCGAUCUAAAGCUGAUUCUCAUGUCGGCUACCCUCGAAGCACAGCGCUUCUCGACUUAUCUGGGCGGGGUUCCUGUGCUAAAUAUCCCUGGGCGGACAUUCCCCGUCGAGAUGAAAUUCCUAGAGGAUGCCGUUGAGAUGACCAACUACCGUCUGCUGGAGAAUGAAUCGAAUGGUGUUUUGGAUGAAGACUCAGAUGAAUUGGCGUCUGAGAUGGCCCAGGGCGAGGCGGCGGGCGGCGGCCUUCUGUCGACGCUUGACGGGUAUUCGAAGCAGACCCGCGAGACUAUUCUGAAUUUCGACGAAUAUCGGCUCGAUUAUCAACUGAUCAAGCGGCUAGUCGCCAAAAUCGCCACAUCACCCGAUAUGGCCCAUUACAGUAAAGCUAUUCUCAUCUUUAUGCCUGGGAUGGCUGAGAUUCGCCACCAGGAGAAAGCUUUCGUCGUACCUCCAGAGGGCAUGAGAAAGAUUGUGAUUGCUACCAACAUAGCUGAGACAGGUAUCACAAUUCCGGAUAUCACUGCUGUGAUCGAUGCAGGCAAGGAAAAGACCAUGCGGUUCGACGAGCGACGACAACUUUCACGCCUUGUUGAGGCCUUCAUCUCACGAGCUAAUGCGAAGCAACGUCGAGGACGAGCUGGACGAGUACAAAACGGAAUCUGCUUCCAUAUGUUCACAAAAUAUCGCCAUGACAAAGUGCUUGCGGAACAACAAACCCCAGAGAUGUUGCGGUUGUCUCUUCAGGACCUGGUGCUUCGAGUCAAGAUAUGCAAAUUGGGCGAGGUGGAGCCGACUCUGCUGGAAGCACUCGACCCACCGUCACCUAAGAACAUCCGCCGUGCUAUCGACUCAUUGAAGGAGGUCAAAGCUCUGACGAACGCAGAGAAUUUGACUCCUCUCGGAACGCAGCUGGCCAAAUUACCAUUGGACGUGUUCCUUGGGAAGUUGAUUAUCCACGGCGCUUUCUUCCGGUGCUUAGAUGCCACCGUUAGCAUCGCAGCCAUUCUUUCAUCCAAGUCGCCGUUCGUUAAUACGAUGGGGUCGAACACGCAGAAGGAUAUUGCUAGGCUGUCAUUCCGUAAAGGCGACUCGGACCUUCUGACAGUGUACAAUGCCUACUGCUCCUGGAAGCGCACAAGAAACACACCUGGUGCAAACGAGUACGCGUUCUGCCGGAAGAACUUCCUCAGCUCUCAGACACUACUCAAUAUCGAAGACAUCAAGAUGCAACUAGUGGUGUCUAUUGUCGAUGCCGGUCUAUUGACCCUUGACCCGAUGCAGAAAGCUGCUUUGAACCGAAGAUCACGCUACGGCGGCCGCAAUCGCCAAUUCUUCGUCAUUCCCGAAGAAUACGACACUAACAGCGUCAACGACACGGUUAUCAACUCGGUAAUUUCUUGGAGUUUCUACCCGAAGCUACUCACUCGUGAAGGUAAAGGCUGGCGCAACGUCGCCAACAAUCAAGCCGUCACCCUUCAUCCUACAUCUGUCAACCGCAACCCUGACCCAUCUUCUCCCCCAAUCAAAUGGCUUUCCUAUUACAACAUCAUGCAGGGCCGAAACCGCAACUACAACGCCUUCGAAACGAGUGUUGUCGACGACUUUGCCAUUGCCCUUCUUUGCGGCGAGCCAGAAUUUAAGAUGUACUCUGGUGUCAUCUCCAUUGACGCCAACCGCAUCCGCUUCUCCAUCCGUGACUGGAAAUCCAUGCUAGCGCUGAAACUUCUCAGCGCCCGCCUGCGCGACAUCCUGCAGGCGACCUUCCGAGAACCUCAAAAACUCACAUAUCCCUCCUACAAGCAGCAGCAGUGGAUUGCGAUCUGGCAGCGGAUCUUUGAGCAGGCCCAUGCCGCGAAGAGAAUACCCUAG